UCUGUAACAAAAUUUCUGUUCAGAUCUUUUGACAAGUGGGGUUGAACAAGAGCGGCACAGCAAGAGAGAGAGAGUGUGUUUCUGAAAAAAUGAUCACUGUACUUUCACCUUCACCGUCUACUACGUUGUCCAAAACCAAUGUUUCUUUUUGUCCCUUAUUUUCUUCCAAUUCCGUUGUUCCCUCUUCUUCCAAAUCCUCGCGCAUUGAACUUCCCCGCAAAAGGGGUUCUCAAAACACUGCACUUCGAUGCAACUGUAGCAUCUGGCCCGGUGGCCCUGGCUCUGGUGACAGUGAUAGCAGCAACAGAAGCAUCCUGGAUGCAUUUUUCUUGGGAAAAGCUGUAGCUGAAGCACUAAAUGAGCGCAUUGAAUCCACAGUUGGUGAGAUUUUGAGCACCGUUGGUAGAUUGCAAGCUGAACAACAAAAGCAAGUGCAGGACUUUCAGGAAGAUGUGUUGGAAAGAGCCAAAAGAGCAAAGGAAAAAGCAGCACGUGAAGCUAUGGAAGCACGAGGACUCAUUUCAAAGUCUGCAGUUGAGACAAACAUUGCAGAUUCAGACAAUUCUAAAACUUCAGAUUCUGCAAUAGAUUCAGUCACUUCUGUUCUGACUACUGAUGCAUCCGUAGAAAAUACUGAAUCUACGGAUGAAUGAUCCAUCCUUUUGUAUUGGGCUCUCAACUUUUGACUAAUUUAUACUGAAUUUGUUUUAUGUUUUAUUAUUCAAUAGAUGAAUCAUAACUUUUUCAUUAUUCCAUCUCUGUCUUCUGGAUACAUAUAUUUUUUUCAAGAGACGAAUAAAAUCAAAUUCUCUAUU